GGCCAAAACUGGACACAGUACUCCAGAUGAGGUCUCACCAAUGUCGAAUAGAGGGGAACGAUCACGUCCCUCGAUCUGCUGGCAAUACCCCUACUUAUACACCCCAAAAUGCCAUUGGCCUUCUUGGCAACAAGGGCACACUGUUGACUCAUAUCCAGCUUCUCGUCCACUGUCACCCCAAGGUCCUUCUCUGCAGAACUGCUGCCUAGCCAUUCGGUCCAUAGUCUGUAGCGGUGCAUUGGAUUCUUCCAUCCUAAGUGCAGGACUCUGCACUUGUCCUUGUUGAACCUCAUCAGAUUUCUUUUGGCCCAAUCCUCCAAUUUGUCUAGGUCCCUCUGUAUCCUAUCCCUACCCUCCAGCGUAUCUACCACUCUUCCCAGUUUAGUGUCAUCCGCAAACUUGCUGAGGGUGCAAUCCACACCAUCCUCCAGAUCAUUAAUGAAGAUAUUGAACAAAACCGGCCCCAGGACCGACCCUUGGGGCACUCCGCUAGAUACCGGCUGCCAACUAGACAUGGAGCCAUUGAUCACUACCUGUUGGGCCCGACAAUCUAGCCAACUUUCUACCCACCUUGUAGUGCAUCCAUCCAGCCCAUACUUCUUUGACUUGCUGACAAGAAUACUGUGGCAGACCGUGUCAAAAGCUUUGCUAAAGUCGAGGAAUAACACGUCCACUGCUUUCCCUUCAUCCACAGAACCAGUUAUCUCAUCAUAGAAGGCAAUUAGAUUAGUCAGGCAUGACUUGCCCUUGGUGAAUCCAUGCUAACUGUUCCUGAUCACUUUCCUCUCGUAUAAGUGCUUCAGAAUUGAUUCCUUGAGGACAUGCUCCAUGAUUUUUCCGGGGACUGAGGUGAGGCUGACCGGCCUGUAGUUCCCAGGAUCCUCCUUCUUCCCUUUUUUAAAGAUUGGCACUGCAUUAGCCUUUUUCCAGUCUUCUGGGACUUCCCCCGAUCGCCAUGAGUUUUCAAAGAUAAUGGCCAAUGGCUCUGCAAUCACAUCCGCCAAUUCCUUUAGCACUCUCAGAUGCAACACAUCUGGCCCCAUGGACUUGUGCACGUCCAGUUUUUCUAAAUAGUCCCGAACCACUUCUUCCUUCACAGAGGGCUGGCCACCUCCUCCCCAUGCUGUGCUGCCCAGUGCAGUAGUCUGGGAGCUGACCUUGUUCGUGAAGACAGAGGCAAAAAAAGCAUUGAGUACAUUAGCUUUUUCCACAUCCUCUGUCACUAGGUUGCCUCCCUCAUUCAGUAAGGGGCCCACACUUUCCUUGGCCUUCUUCUUGUUGCCAACAUACCUGAAGAAACCCUUCUUGUUACUCGUAACAUCCCUCGCUAGUUGCAACUCCAGGUGUUAUUUAGCCUUCCUGAUUUCAUUCCUACAUGCCCGAGCAAUAUUUAUAUACUUAUCCCUGGUCAUUUGUCCAAUCUUCCACUUCUUGUAAGCCUCUUUUUUGUGUUGAAGAUCAGCAAGGAUUUCACAGUUAAGCCAAGCUGGUCGCCUGCCAUAUUUACUAUUCUUUUUACACAUCAGGAUGGUUUGUCCCUGUAACCACAAUAAGGAUUCUUUAAAAUACAGCCAGCUCUCCUGGACUCCUUUCCCCCUCAGUUAUUCUCCCAGGGGAUCCUGCCCAUCAGUUCCCGGAGGGAGUCAAAGUCUGCUUUUCUGAAGUCCAGGGUCCGUAUUCUGCUGCUUUCCUUUCUUCCUUGUGUCAGCUGAGCAGCGGGGAACCAGCUGAGCAGCGGGGGACAGCAGAGCAGCAAACAGCAGGAGUUUGCCUGGGAGUUCGCCUGGGGUGAGCCCACUGAGGCUUACAUCUUGCCGGCUUCUCUGAGUAAUUACUGCAUACUGCGCUUCUGGGAAGUUUCAGUGGCCUCAGAAACUUGAUAAGGCCCCAGUGUGACCUCCCUUUCUCAGUGUAGCGGCAAGAGUCACAGCCUAUUGAGUAGGGGUAGCUGUGUUAGUCUGGAUCUGUAAAAGCAGCAAGGAGUCCAGUGGCACCUUAUAGACUAACAGACAUAUUGGAGCACAAGCUUUCGUGGCUUACUUUCAUCACCGACCAGUAUGGGAAAUGGGAAGGGGGAAUACCCCACAGUCUCUGUAGCUCCAUCGUGCUCAGUAAGCACAGUUCGGCAUCCUGCCUGGACCAAGUCCUGCUUUCCUUCUCCAGGGGAUCUCUGUAGAGUAUGGGAGGGAUGGGGACUCAGGACCGCCCUCUACUCCAGGUUCCAGCCCAGGGACCCUAAUUGUAGCAGCUAUUGGUGGCUUUCCCUUCACCACUGAUACCGCUUUGAUUCCCUGGGCCACUUCCCCCAUGGUCCCCUUUUCCUAGCUUCACCCUCACCUCAGGAUUCAGCAAUGCUUCCUCUCCUCCAGCUUCUUUCACCUCAGCCCCCUGGAGGGUACUGGAAGGAGAGCUUUUAAACAGUAUAAGUGGACCUUGAUUGGUUUCAGCUGUCUCCAUUAGCCUAAAGGCUUUAACUGGUUAAUUGGCAUCAGGUGUCUUAAUUGGCCUAGAGUAGCCUUUGUUUGGCUAUCCAGGCUGAUAUACCUGCCUUCCAGCACUCCCUUAUAUUCUUCUGUUCUGAAUCUGUCACACAAUACAGAAUCCCAGAGGAGUAGGUCUCUGUAGUAGAAGGGAAGGAGGGCAGGUUGCGGAAUCCAUGUGGACAACACAUCUCAAAGAACUACAGUUACUGUACUGUAAGUAACUGUUCUUUCCUCUUCUAGUGAUUGUCCACAUGGAUUCCAUUCUUUGUGACUAACAACCAGUUAUCUGUUUGCUUGGAGGUGGACAGUAGGAGACCUACUUAAACAAUGAUUGCCAGGUAGUCCUACAAAAGCAGGCAUCUGAUCUGAGAAUCUCUGCAAAACAGAAGUGUCCUGUAACGGUGUGGACUGAGCUUCACAUAGCUAACUUACAGUUUCAUAAAGAGCGAUAUUCUUCGAACAGGCAGCAGCAAAGGGUGCCUGAGCUCUAGAGGAAUGAACCCUAAUACGGCUAGGUGGAUCUAACCUGGCUAAUUUAUAACAUGUUCUUAAAAAUGAGGAGACCCAUUCUGAAAUUGUCUGUGAAGAUAUGGCCUGACCCUCAACCCUUUCAACAAAGGCCACAAACUGGGGGUAGAUGUGUUCCUGAAUGAUUUUUUUCCUGUUGGUGGUAUAAUAAUUCCCUUACUGUAUCAAGUGUCUGAAAUUUAGCUUCUGCCAAGGCUGAUUGAGGUUUGGGGAAGAAAACUGUCAGAUGAAUGAACUGGUUCAUAUGGAACUCUGAAACAACCCUGGCCAGAAACUUAAGCUAAGGCCUAACAGUAACACUGUCCUUAUGAAGCACUGUAGAAGAGGGACCUCCCUUGAAGACCUGAAUCUCCCCUAUCCUUCCAGCUUAUGUAAUAGCUAUAAAAAGCUAUUUCUUCACUGACAGAAACCUGCUCCCUAUGCCACCUAAGGGCUCAAAUUAGGGACCCAUCAACCCAGUUAUUACAAUGUUGAGGUCCCAAGGGGGAGGGAACUCCCGAACUGGGGGAAAACAUGAAUAAAGAGGGUGAGAAAAUACAGUAUGGCCCUGGAUAGCAGAGCAAUGUGCAGAUAUUGCUGCUAAAUGGCCCCUUAUAGAACUGAUAAGAAAGUCCCAAUUGUUUCUGGGCUAGCACAUGGUCCAAUAUUGGUGAAAUGGGUCAUGUCAAAGGAGAGAGAUGCUGCUGAGAUAGACAAAUAGAAAACCUCUUCCACCUAGGUUUAUAAGUCUGGUUGAGGCUUUCCUGCUUUGGAGUAGAAUGUUCCAAACUUCAUCUGAACUUCUUCUUUCAGUGGAUGUCAUCCAGCCAGCAUCCUGGCUGCCAGAUGUAAUAAUAUUGGGUCUGGAUGUAUGAUGUGACCAUGGUUUUGUGAGACUAUGUCAGACAGAGCAGGCAAAGUAAUCGGGGAUUGCACUGAGAGAGUCACCAAAUCCAAACACCAGAACUGCUUUGCCUAUGCAGGGAUGGUCAUAAUAAUCAAUCCUAGAUCUUGCCUCAGUUUCCUCAGGACUGUCAGUAUCACAGGGACCAAGGGGAAGGCCUACAGCAGUCCCAGUGCCCAAAGGAUAAGAAAGACAUCUGACAGGUAACCCUGACUGGACCCCCGUCUGAGGCAGAACACUUCACACUUCUUGUUGUGGUCUGCAGCAAAUAGGUUUUUGGUUGUAGUUAUUGUUUUACUUUCCAACUAGUUUAUCAAAGUUAAUUUAAAAAGACAGAAAAUGGUGAAUCCUUUGCUUUUUUCUUUUUUGAUGCUAAAUUUGCCAUUUGACAGAAGAAAAGUUUCUCUUCCUUCCUCAAACAAAUUAAUGAUGACUUCAUCCAUCUUAGGCUUCACUCUUGUGGUUUAUGUUGUCACCCGAACAAAUAGAUAGAAUGUCCUUGUAACUCACUAAAACCUAUAUAGCAUUCUCUAGGUAUUAGCUAAUUUUUCACAUGCCACUUUCUUGAUAUAUGCACAACUGCACAAAGGUGUGGUGUUAACCCUUGUCAUCCUGAACUGUUAGUCACGAUUAAUGCAUGACCAUGUAAUUAUUGCAAAAUUAAUUCCACCACAAUUUAUUGCAUGAUUAUUUCAAUUUCCUAAACCUUUCUACAAACUCCAAGAAGCUGCCAUACCCAUUUUCCUCCACAGCAGGGAACCAAAGGAAAACAAGGAGACUGCUUUUGAAUAACAAGCUCCAACAAUUUCUCUGAUCCAAGCUUUGAACACCAGCAUCUGGUAUAGCUACUUUAAACUAUGAAAGCCCUGUGUGCUUUUUUGACUGUUCUGCUGUUCUACUUAAUAAGGUAAAUUAACUGCAAUGCCCUGAAGUUCUAGAGCUAUUGUCUGUUCUGUGAACACCUAUGCCAUUCAUGUUCUGAAAAAUUCAUUCAAUAACCCAUUUCUUCCCUAGCUUUAUCUCCCUGUAUUUGGCACAUAAACACCUGUGCCCAAUGUUCAGCUUACAGAAUAGUUUACCUAGUAAGAUCAUUGAGCCCCACUGAUUUUGGUAAUUGGUUAAUCAUGGGAUGUAAAAGACAGUCAGUCUCCUGCUACAGAAACCUGAUAGUUCUGUGUGCACAUUGCAGAGAAAGUAGAAAACAGACCUGUGAUAAAGUUCCUGCUCUACCUUGGUGGGUCUUGCGCUUAUUGGCGGAUUUGCUCACCUUGGAGCUUCACGGCAGCCCUCAGAUUGGCCGUUUUUCUGAACCCAGAGUCCAGGUUGAUUCCUCCUGUGUCUGACCAGGAGUUGGGAGGAUCUGGGGAGGAACCCGGGCCCGCCCUCUACUCCAGGUUCCAGCCCAGGGCCCUGUGGAAUGCAGCUGUCUAGAGUGCCUCCUGGAACAGCUGGGCGACAGCUACAACUCCCUGGGCUACUUCCCCAUGGCCUCCUCCCAACACCUUCUUUAUCCUCAGCACAGGACCUUCCUCCUGGUGUCUGAUAAUGCUUGUACACCUCAGUCCUCCAACAGUCCGCGUUUUCACUCUCAGCUCCUCGUGCCGCUUGCUCCCAGCUCCUCACACGCACACCACAAACUGAAGUGAGCUCCUUUUUAAAACCCAGGUGCCCUGAUUAGCCUUCCUUAAUUGAUUCUAGCAGCUUCUUGAUUGGCUAGGUGUUCUAAUCAGCCUGCCUUAAUUGUGUCCAGAAGCUUCCCGAUUUUUCUGGAACCUUCCCUGUUACCUUACCCAGGGAAAAAGGACCUACUUAGCCUGGGGUUAAUAUAUCUGCCUUAUAUUACUCUCCUCUAGCCAUCUGGCCCGACCCUGUCACAGACCCUAUAACCUCAUUGCUGAAUCACUCACCUAUGAGUGUAAGUGGGACACUUAAGCAGAAAUCCUGGUGUGAAAUCCUGGCCUCAUUGAAGUCCAUGAGAGUUUUGCCAUUAACUUCAAUGAGCCAGCAUUUCAUCCCUGUUCCUAGCACAGCACCAGAGAAAACAAAGGGGAACUCCAUCAGGACUGGGGCAAAAGAAUCUUUCUUCCCUCCUAAGCCAUGACCACAGCAGCAACUUCUACACAGCUUCUACUACAGCAUUGCUACUGUCUCCAUACUUGCCCUAAAUGAGGUUGUCAGUGGAUCCGAAUAAUCCUGAACCUACUAGCCACAUUCCUUUCUUCCCCGCCUUCCUUUAUCAACAGCAACAGCAUUAGUAGGUCUUCUAGUUCAAAUAAACGAAAAUGGAACUGUGCAAGUAAAAAUACAUUUUUCAAAUUAGCAAAUAUUUGUCACUGGCACACAACCCUUUUGUUUUUAUCAUAUAUCUAUAACAAAGAAAGUAAAAGUGUGCAUAUGAUGCCAGAUACCUAAGUAAUUUGCGAACUCUAACCUACCUUUUUAUUGGUCCUGAAUGAUACAAAGAUAUAUUCUCUUUCUUUAAGGGUUAAUUGUUUCUUUGAGAUAUAACAAUUCUGUGUAGAGGAGAACUGUAGUAUCACCAACAUUUGGAAACUAAACCAUUCUGUCAGAUGACAGGGAACAGUCUAAAAUCUUCAAAUUUCUUUAGAAAAUAGCCAAGUGGACACAGUGUGUGUGUACGUGUGUAUGGGUGGGUUGGAGGAAAGAAAUGUUGUGUUUUUAAGCAAAAUAUUUUUUUUUAAUUUUUAAUAAAGGAAACAAGUGUACUGGAAAAGUAGAAUGGUUUUUUACUAACAUGCCAACAUAAUCAGUUAAUGUUAAUCAUUAAUACACAGAGUGCAACCUAUUGUAGUUGCCAAAAUACAGCUCAAAUUAAUACAUAUACUUUUAUCUGUUGAGCAUAUAAAACAAGAAAAGAAUAUAUAAUGAAAGCUUAUUCGUUUCACUUUAACUUCAGCCACACGAGAGUGCAAAAAGUGUUUGAGACCAGCUACACUGGGCAGGUAAGUAUGUCUACGAUAAAUUAACUUGGCUAAACUUAAUCCCUGGUAUAGCUCCAUUGAUGCAGUUGCUGCUAUGGAAAUGAAGGUGAGCAAUGAGAUUUCAAAUGCUCUUGUCCUGUUGUUUAAGUUGCAUUUACUUACAUCAUAUGACAAAGUAAUAUUCUUUUUAUUUUCAAGUGUAUUGAAAGUCUGUUCAUUUUAAAUUAUAGUAAGGAUUUCUUGUUUAAAACCCAUAUUAUAUUUAUAUGUAACAUACCUUACCUUUGCUAAAUCACAAAUGCUUAAUGUCUGUUUUAAAUGUUAAUGCUGUUUUCCAUUUACUAUAAAAUAAAUGACCAUGGUAAAUACAAAAGUAAUCUUUCUAAUCAUCUGCCUAAUUAGAUUAUACAAACAUACUACUAUUAUUCUAAAUCGUUUCUCGGGCAGUGACUAUUGUCUUGUCAGUAGAAAUAUAUUAUUGACUCUAACCAAGUUUUAUGCCCCUCGUUACCUACACACACCUCUGCUUUUUUUAUACCAUAAUCUACAAAUAGGGAGUAAAAUAUUUCCUUUGUUUUUUUCAAAAGGGAUAUCGAGACUGUGGCCUCAGGUAAAAUGCAAUACAUUUUUCAAUAGUGUUUUACCUUUUCUCUAAAAAAAUCACAAAGAUGCCCCCACUACCUGGGGACUUUUCCUGGCGCACACAUGAACAAAUUAAAGUUCUGUUACAUUACUCUGAGCAAGAUGCUAAGAGUUGGUGGUGUUGACCCCAAUUAAACUAUGUGUCAGCAGAGGUGGAGUUUACAACUGUCAUGCCUCUUUUUCAGAUAAAGUAUAAAAGAUCAAGAAGCAUACAGUGCUCUCCACUCUAGCUGCUCUCAAUCUUGUGGUGCUUUAGCUAUUUUUUAAAAACAAAAACACCACCAAUGUCACUCUCCAGCCAAAGCUACCUUACUGGUACAAGCUCCACUUUCCAGCCUAUUGCACCCAGUCUAAGUGGUUCAACCUACAGGAAAACAGCUAUCCGAAAGUAUCAGGCACCGAGUGUCUAUGGGGGAGCUGGUGGCUAUGGCACCCGCAUUUCCACCAGCACUAACUAUGGAGGAGGCUUUGGUAGUGGCUUUGGCAGUGGAUUUCAACUCAACACCAGCAGUAGUGACAUCCUGCUUGGUGGAAAUGAGAAACUGACCAUGCAAAAUCUGAAUGACCGUUUGGCUUCCUAUCUGGAGAAAGUGCAUUUUCUAGAAAAAGCCAACUCCCAGCUUGAAAAGCAGAUCAGGGAGUACUAUGGGAAUAGAUCCUCAACUACAACGCAUGACCACAGUCAAUAUUUUAAAACCAUUGAAGACCUCCAAAACAAGAUUGGUGCUGCACAUCUGGAAAAUGCCCGGCUCGUUCUGCAGAUCGACAAUGCCAAGCUGGCUUCUGAUGACUUUAGAAUGAAGUAUGAGAAUGAGCUAGCAAUCAAACAGAAUGUGGAAAAUGAUCUUGCUGGACUACUCAGAGUCCUUGAUGACUUGACCUUGUCAAAGGCAGACUUAGAGCUACAGAUUGAAGGUCUGAAUGAAGAGCUGACUUUCCUCAAGAAAAACCAUGAAGAGGAAGUUGGUGAACUGCGUAAACAGCUAGGGGGCACAGUUAAUGUAGAGGUGGAUGCUGCUCCGAGCACUGAUCUUGCCAAGAUUAUGGAAAACAUGAGACAGCAAUAUGAUAGCAUGGCAGAAAAGAAUCGUCAAGAGGCCAAAGACCACUUUGAUAAACAGACAGAAGAAGUGAACCAGGAAGUCGCUAUUAACAUUGAACAACUGCAAACCAAAAAAACUGAGAUCACAGAUCUGAGACGCACUUUCCAGGGUCUGGAGAUAGAGCUGCAGUCCCAGCUUAUUACGAAAAAGGCUUUAGAAGACACACUGGCUGAGACUGAAGCACUUUAUGGUUCACGACUUGCCCAAAUACAGGCUGCAAUUGGCAAUGUAGAGGCACAGCUGAUGCAGCUUCGAGCUGACAUGGAGAGCCAGAGUUCUGAGUACAGUUCUCUGCUGAACAUAAAGACACGGUUGGAAAUGGAGAUUGCCACUUACCGACGCCUACUGGAGGGAGAGGAUAGUAGACCUUUACAGUCAGAAAUAUCUACUAUUGAAGAGUCUGAGAGAGAAAUAAAUAAAAUUAGGAAGAUCAAGACAGUUGUUGAGGAGCUGAUUGAUGGCAAAGUUGUCUCCUCCCAGACCAAAGAGAUUGAAGAGACAAUAUAAGCAGCAUCAGCAGGGAGAUGCCUCUGAACUUCUUAGAGUUAAUGGCAAAAAUUACUUGAUUAAACUUCAAUGGGAGUUGGAUUGGACUGUUUUGUCGCCAAAAGUUUUAUGCUGCUUUAAUUAAAGUGCUUUGAUUAAACUGCUGUUGCAUUUCCACAGUAUGCUCCUUGUGUCUGCAGAGUGAAUCCACAUUAGCAGCUCUUGCAUCGACACAGAGAGCAGUGCACUGUGCAACUGGCCAUAGGGUGCUUUGGGAAGGGUUUGCAAUGCCUCAUGGGGCAGAUACAGCGUCAUAUGUUGCAGGUUUCUCAAUCCCAUCGUUCCGUGGUCCCGUGGACAUCCUACUAGACUGCCAGCUGCUUUUCAACUAAAGUGUGUGAGGGGAGGGGGGAGUAUGUGUGACAGGGAGCGUGUGUGUGUGUGUGGGGAGACAGAGACAAUGUGUGUUGCGGGAGUGUGUGCAUUGGGGAGAGUGAACAAAACUCCCCCAACUUCUAAAUUCAGACAGCCACCAGAAGGAACCAGUCCUGAGGCAGGGGGAGGGGGACAUCCCUGACAUCAGCCCCCCACCCUGGCGCUGCACAGCACAGCAGUCUCUCUCUCACACAGACAUACACACACAUGCCUCUGCCUGCCUGCCUCUGUAUUCGUGAAAAGAAAAGGAGUACUUGUGGCACCUUA